UCCAGCGCAUUACUGUCAGACUCGGACGUCACAAUCAGCUGUCAAGUGUCCACAAAGUCUGAAAGUUUGUUGAAAAACAAACUUCUUAAAAUACGAAAAUGAAUUGGGGACCAUGAAACUGCAAGAAAAGCAAAAUCAAUUACUUAUUAAAGCAGAAUUAACAGAAUUAAAUGAGGAAUUUUUAAAAUUCGGCCAUAACCUGCACGAACUUAAAUAUGCAAUUCGCAACGAAUCUACUUCACUCAACCGAAAGUUAAUAUCAGUUUUAAUUUCUGUCUCAAUUGUGAUAUUUUGUAUUUGUUACCAGUGCGGAAUAUUUGAUAUUCUUUCUAGGCAUGCCUUAGGCGUUCGUUGCAUUAUACCAAACAACUAUUUCGUAUGGGAGGCCACACGUCCUAUUUCUGAUUGCCAAUUUUGUACAAAUGUAACCGAACCUAUACUCUUAUACAAUGCAACUCGAGAAGAGUUUAGUAAGUACGCGUUUAGUUCCAAGCCCAUAGUAAUAAAGAGGGCUCUUCUUCAUUGGCCGGCUGUGAAGGUGUUCAGUUUUGAAUUUUUUAAAAAUUUGUACAAUAGCUUAGACGACGCUUAUCGAAGCGUCGAUGAAGAAUGCCAAUUUUUGCAUUUUCGAUCGAAUUUUAUUUCUUUAAGGGAUGUGUUCGCGAUGAGCGAAGCGCGGAGUAAUAACGCACCGGGGGAAACUCCAUGGUACGUCGGAUGGGGUAAUUGCGAUCCAGAUGUACUGGAGGUAAUGCGCAAGUAUUACCCUAAACCUCAUUUUCUUCCAGCAGAUUCGGAACUUUCUGCGAAGGAAUAUGUGUUUAUGGGUUACGAUGCGGGUGCCACAAUGCACCUCGACUUUAUCAAUCGCUUAAUGUGGCAGGCUCAGUUACAAGGCACAAAAACGUGGCACUUGAAGCCUUCCCCGGAAUGCGAAACAGUGUGCCAUUCGUUAACAUUCUUAGCAGAACCUGGUGAUGCUGUUUUGAUUGAUACAAGAGUUUGGUAUCAUGGUACCACGAUUGCACCAGGAGAAUUCAGUUUAGCAAUACAGUCAGAAUAUGGUUGAGAAUACUUGCCAAAUAUUGUUUGCUCAUACUUUAUAUGCCAUUAAUUUUUAAACAUUUUAAUAAUAAUGUUUGGAACUAUGUUUUAUAGGUUGCAAGAGUACAUAUUUUUGUAAUGUAUGAAUUUUAUCUAAUAUUUUUUAGCAUCUUUUAUCAUUAGUCUUGUGCAGUUUCUCAUUCUUGCUCUUUUUGAGAAACUUGUAGUGAAUUGGUGAAAACGACAAAACUGCCCUCACAAAUGCCAAAUUUUUCUGUUUUGUGUAAAGUGUGGAACUGCUGGUCACAAAGGGUCAAACUAAGCUUACAUUAUGUUUAAAUGUAGGGCAUGGUAGCAUCCGUAGGUUCCACAAACUUAUUUUUUUAUGAAGCCAAAAAUAGUUGCCAUUUUAUGAACCUGCUUAGUAUUAAAAACUUGUUAAUAA